AUGCGAUCAUGGCUGCAGUCCUUUGUCUGGAGGACUACGGCCUCUCGCGUCCCCUCACGCACAUUUCAACUUGCCGGUAAAACGCUCCGAUGCGCUCAACCUUUCUCCUCAACAGCCCGAACCUCGAAGUACAUUGCUCCUUCAGAACUCGAGCAGCGCAUCGCAGCGAUUCCCGUUGAGCGCUACCGCAACUUCUGCAUCGUCGCCCACGUUGAUCAUGGCAAGAGCACGCUUAGUGAUCGGCUCCUCGAGCACACAGGUACCAUCGAACCGGGGUCCAACAAACAAGUCCUAGACAAGCUGGAUGUGGAGCGCGAAAGAGGUAUCACUGUCAAAGCUCAGACAUGCUCGAUGCUGUACAAAUACAAGGGCGAAGACUAUCUUCUGCAUCUCGUCGACACGCCAGGUCAUGUGGACUUCCGCGCCGAAGUCUCUCGAAGUUAUGUCAGUUGUGGAGGCGCCAUCCUCCUCGUAGACGCCAGUCAGGGCGUCCAAGCACAGACUGUCGCCAAUUUCUACCUCGCUUUUGCUCAGGGCCUGGAGUUGUUACCAAUAAUCAAUAAGGUCGACCUGCCCCACGCCGAUCCGCCACGUGCGUUGGAGCAGAUGAGGGAUAUGUUCGAGCUUGAUACAGACAAUGCGGUGCUCGUCUCGGCGAAGACAGGCCUCAACAUCGAGGCUGUGUUGCCAACGGUUAUCGAGAAGAUUCCGGCUCCGAUCGGUGAUAAUCACAAACCACUCCGCCUCUUCCUCGUGGACUCCUGGUAUUCAUCGUUCAAGGGAGUCAUUCUUCUUGUGCGCAUCUUCGACGGCCAGGUCAAAGCUGGCGACCAACUCGUCUCCUUCGCUACAGGCAACAAAUACAUAGUCGGCGAAGUCGGCAUCAUGUACCCUGAUCAAACGCCUCAGAAGGUUCUUCGCGCCGGCCAAGUUGGCUACAUAUAUUUUAAUCCCUCGAUGAGGAAAUCGUCUGAAGCCAAAGUCGGUGACACUUACACGCGGGUCGGUCAAGAAAAGCAAGUCACACCUCUGCCAGGCUUUGAGGAACCUCAACCCAUGGUCUUUGUUGCCGCUUUCCCGGUUGACCAGGGUGAAUUUGAGCAUUUCGAAGACUCGAUAACCCAACUCCUACUGAACGACCGUAGCGUCACCAUUCAAAAGGAGUCGUCGCAAGCCCUUGGCGCCGGCUUCCGCCUCGGUUUCCUGGGCACCCUACACUGCAGUGUAUUCGAAGACCGCCUCCGCCAAGAGCACGGUGCUUCUAUCAUCAUCACGCCUCCUACUGUUCCCUUCCAACUCAAAUACCGAGACGGCAAGACGCGUAUCAUCACCAACCCCGCUGAAUUUCCUGAUGAUGAUGUUGCGCGCAAAGAUGUUGUAGAGCUCCUCGAGCCAUACGUCCUGGCUACUCUCACUUUCCCGGACGAAUAUCUCGGCAAAGUUAUUGAGCUGUGCGAGUCCAACCGCGGCGAGCAGAAGGCCCUGGAAUAUUUCACCUCGGCGCAAGUAAUCCUUAAAUACAACUUGCCUCUCGCACAGCUGGUGGAUGACUUUUUCGGCAAGCUCAAAUCAUCCACAAAGGGGUACGCCACCCUCGACUACGAAGAAGCUGGCUACAAACCCUCACAUAUCGUCAAGCUUCAGCUUCUUGUCAACAAGGAGCCUGUUGACGCUGUCUCGCGCAUCAUGCACCACUCUCAGGUGCGACAUACAGGCAAACAGUGGGUGGAGAAGUUCAAGGAACACGUGGACCGACAGAUGUUUGAAGUCGUGAUCCAGGCAGCUGUGGGACGGCAGAUUGUGGCACGAGAGUCGUUGAAGCCCUUCAGGAAAGAUGUGUUGCAGAAGUUGCACGCCAGUGACAUUACGAGAAGACGGAAGUUGCUCGAAAAGCAGAAGGAGGGAAGACGGAAGCUGAAGGCUGUCGGCAAUGUGGUUAUUGAGCAUAAAGCAUUUCAGGCUUUCCUGGCCAAGUAG